AAUGAUUCUUCAUCUUACAAUGUCACGUUUUCACCCCCGUGUAAUGACACUCUUCACGUUUACAAGGAUGAGGGCACGCCCAUAACAUUUUCAAGAAAUGACUCCCUUAGCUCCCUGGGUGGUGAUGAAGAUCGGGGCACAGGAAGUGGAGUCAGUGCCAGCCCGCACAAGGACAAGCAGAGAUCCAACGAUCGGGAUGAAAGCGACAGCUCUUCCUCCAUCCCAAGAGAGCGCCACGUGGUUGGCCAAUCCAGCGAAGACAGUAGCGUGGCAGGGGACAAAGUAGAUCGGCCCAUCAAGUUUGAGGUCGAGGACACGCCAGUCUGUUUCUCCAGGAACUCCUCCCUGAGCUCAAUCACCAGCCUAGACAAGCUGGAUCAAAUUGAGUCCCCGGCAGUCCCCAUCAAGCAGGACAAGAAACCCUCAGGGGGCGGCAGUUCCAAGCCUGAGAUGAAGCACAGCAAAUCAAGUGACUCUUUGAGUGAUGAACUGGCCGACUGCGAUCCGACCCCUUCAGAACAAGCUCUCCUUGAACAGUGCAUCAACUCGGCCAUGCCCAAAUCAAGGCUACCCAGGGGGGAAGAUCGAGCUAGAAGGCACUCCAGGGCCAAGUUUCUC